UGUAGAUCAGUAAAGCUGCUAUAUAUUGUAGUUUAACAAUUUUUACAAUCUAGCUACAGGUUCAUCGUUUGAUAUUAUUACCUUGUCUUCUUUUCUUAAAAAUUUUAAGCCUCUGGAGGGGCGCCACGAUAAUCUUGCCCGGGGCGCCAAUAUUGCCGAAACCGGCCCUGGCACCACUAUCCAUCCUUCUCUUGUCGACAAGACUCUGACUCUGUUUCUCUUCACGAAGCUAUCGCAGUCAGAGAGUCACGAGCGGUGGGGAUAAGGCGCUAGUACGAAAGUGGAGGAAGUCAUUCUGGUUUGCACCAUGAAGCCACCGUGUCGAACCCUGCUCUAGCACGCAAUUCGGUUUCGCGCCAAAAGACACUUGACAGAAGGAAAAUAUUUACAAGAAGGAUUUAAUUGAACUAAACGUAGCACGAGCUGUCGAAUGAAUUCUUAUAUGUAAUGUCUUUUGACAAAAGACGAGAAAGUUAACCAUUUGUCCCAACACGGUUUCGUGUGCAUAGAUUCGUACCAAAAAGAAGAGGUUCUAGUUCGUACUAGUAACUUUCCCCUUAUUGCUAACAGCACAAUUACAAGGUACUCGCGUUAUUGUUAUCCAGCAUUUUGUAUACAUAAAUAGUGUACCGAAAAAUGAAAAAAGAAAGUAACCUAUCGUUUAUGAGGAUCAAAGAAAGGCGUGAAACCUGGUACAUUUUGGAGGCGGUGUUUUAAAUAGAUUUCGACGACCUUUGUCAUUACCUAAUAUGAUCUUCGAUAUCUACAGGAAGCAACUUUGAACAUUAUUGUGCCAGAUAUAACGAAUAUAAGAAAACUUAUAAGUGUCCAACUAAAAAUAAAUUAAGGUCACCUUUAUAAUUUGAAAGUUAAUUAAUUUAUCAAGGUUAACAUUUCAACAACCGUCUUCCGCGUACAAAAGUGUCAAUGUGACCGAAUAAUAAACUAUUCAUGACUUCAGCAGAACAUUUUAUUAGUUUAAUCACAGUGGCAAGUGCUAAAAAAUUAGCUACCGCACUUGUCCUUUGUUUUAUUCUGUAUCAUGGAUUCAUGCAUCUUAUUUAUGGCAGCGAUUCUUGUAAAUGGUUAUUGACCGAAGGAAGAUACAAAGGAGACAAAGAAUGGCAGCCCUAUGGUUGUAUGAUGCAUUAUUAUACCCAAACAGACAGCCGCAGAUGUUUGAGGUAUCUAGCUUUCAUGGGCCACCAUAAUCAUUUUGUAUUUAUCGGAGAUGCUAGAAUCAGGCAGUUGUAUAAAUUUUUUAUAUCGCAAUUUAUAGUCGAUGGGAAAGCAUCUGAUUUAACAGAUUUACCUCAAAAUUCUGAUUUAAAUUUCAAUGAUGCCCAGCUAAGGUUAAAUGUACAGUUUUUGUGGAGACCUCGAUUGGAUAAUUUUAUGAUUGAGAAUCUAAGGGGUUGGAUGAAAAGCGAUGCACCUAGCUUGAUUAUUGCAGGCAGCGCGGUGUCGUCAGUUCUCGCGAACAAUAGUAGCGACACUCAACUGUAUUCCGAAUAUAGUAUGGGCUUAGCGAGACUCGUGCAACCAGUGGAUUUCUUGGCUAGUAAAAAUACACGAUUUUUAUGGGUACUUCAGGACCCGGUAUUAAAAGAAAGGCUACCUGCUCAGUUAGCAGGCAUAGAUAAUAGACAGAUCAACUUAUGUAAUAAAGCAGCAGUCAAGAUACUGUCCCAUAGCGAAGCUCAUUUAUGGGAAAGUAGUAAACUCGUCGGUACCGGAGUCUUAGAACAAAGUCCAGACGGAUACUUAGCGAGUCCUUUGUCUUUGCGUCACAAAGUUCAAAUAUUGUUAAACACUUACUGUAACGAUCACAUGAAUUUCGAUGAUGGGAGCUGUUGCAGUUAUCCAGAACCAGCAACCACGUUACAGCUACUAAGUUUGUCUGGUCUUGCUCUGUGUAUUAUAACUGGCGGUGGAAUGUGGUUGUAUAGAAAGUUUUGUCAAUAUCGAAGUGAAAUAUCUUAUUCACGCGUCACCACCGUCGAAGCGGAAGAUGCCGAAGAAGCGAAUACUUCUGAAGUUGUACAGGUUGAACAACCCGAAGUACAAGAUUUUUAUACAUUAAUGACAACGUUAGCUCUUUUAUCUAUCAUUUUAGCUUACUUUUAUUUAUGCGACAGGUACGUUUACAUUGUUUUCUUUAAAUUAAUAUUAUUAAUAAUCACUGUAUUACGAUUUCAUGCUGUAUUUAGAACAAAUUUCUUCAUGAAGGAGAAUAAAUACUAUAGCGAGUUCAGUUUUUGGUUACCACUUGGAUAUAUAUUGGCUCUUGGAUUAUUUUUUACCGAAGAUAGAGAAAGAGGACCAAGAACUCUAAACCGAGAACAAACAGAUGAAUGGAGAGGGCUAAUGCAAGCAGUAGUAUUAAUAUACCACGUUACUGGAGCUAAAAACGUCUUACCUAUCUAUAUGUACUUAAGAUUAAUUAACUCUGCUUAUUUAUUCCUUUCUGGAUAUGGGCAUUUUUGUUAUUUCUGGCAAACUGGUGAUGUUUCUCUAGUUAGGUUUGCCAGGGUAAUGUUCAGAUUAAAUUUUUUAACAGUCUCUUUAUGCCUCUGUAUGAACAGACCAUACCAAUUUUAUCAUUUCGUUCCACUGGUCUCAUUCUGGUUUCUGGUCAUCUAUUUUUUAGCAUGGCUACCGCCAAGAAUAUAUUCUGGUAGUUUAACAGAAUAUGGACCAAGAGCUUUACUCUAUCUGGCUUUGAAACUUUUAGGUCUUGUGUCGAUGAUUACCAUAUUAUACAUGUCGGAGGUUUUCUUUGAAAAAGUGUUCGUAACGAGACCUUGGAAAGCGUUAUUCGUCACAACCGACGAUGACAUACGCGAAUGGUGGUCACGUUGGAGGGUGGACAGAUACAGCGUGGCUUGGGGUGUAACUUUUGGAGCUGGUCUAGUAGCUUUACAGAGGAUAGAUCACAUUCCAGGAACUGCGUUAUCCUCUGUUUUGGCAUUAAUUUCCCUGACGGCUUAUACUACUUUCACGAUACUAUGCCAUUCGGUAUCAGAAUGCGAAGAAAUUCAUUCAUACGUGGCUUUUAUACCGAUUAUAGGAUAUAUCGCGCUCAGAAAUGCAUCGUUAGCAUUGCGUGGUAAACAUUCAGCUCUUUUGGCUGGUUUGGGUCGAAUCAGUUUGGAAACUCUAGUCGCGCAGGGUCACAUUUGGUUGGCAGCGGAUUCACAUGGUGUGUUAGUGUUACUACCAAGAUUUCCAGUAUUAAAUCUUUUAGUCACAUCAUUUAUCUUCAUCUGCGCAAGUCACGAAAUACAUAGGUUAACUCAAAUUCUGGCACCGUACGCAGUACCAAAUGAUUGGAGAUUGGUGGCUCGUAACUUAUUGCUAUUUAUUGCGGUCCUCGUCCCUAUAGGUAUUCACGAUGGCAUGUUUUGAACAAAAAAUUUACAGGGAGAACAUUCUUUGCAUAAGUCUGUACAUAUAAUAGAUACAUAAGUUUGUAAAAUUUCUCCAUGAAAGUUUUCUAAAACGACAAAUAUAACAAAAAAAACAACGUACGUAUUAAGUUCUUUUUUGUUAUUAAUUUUUACAAGGAAAAUAAAUAAUUUUACAGAAGUUUACUUUAAUUAUA